AUGGCAGCCGAUGUGAUAUUAGAGGCCGUUUUUGGAUACCUAGGACUUGUACUAUGGAGUUUUCAGCUCCUUCCUCAGGCUAUCAGCAAUUACCGUCUUGGUAGUGUGGGGGCACUCAGCGCUUUAAUGAUGCUAGUGUGGGCUCUUUGGGCGCCUAUAUUUUCUGCUUACGGGCUCUACUCCAAUAUGGCUGUACCUCUCUUGAUACAGCCAAAUAUAUUCGGCUUUUUAGCUCUGCUUUGUUUUGUGCAAUGCUUGUACUAUCGAAGAUCUGUGUCUUCGUCAUCAGCGGUGGCCAUUGGGCUGUUCUGUAUUCUCCUCGUCGUUAUGGCUGGGUUGGAAGUGGCACUUUUCAUUGCGAUAAAGCAUGCGAACGACAAUGGUGCGAGCUGGGUUCCUACCAUGAUCGGAAUUUUGCCGACAGUAUUAAUCACUGGGGGAUUUAUUCCGCAAUACUACGACAUAAUUAAGACGGGUAACGUCGACGGAAUCUCGCAAUGUUUUCUUGCAAUGGAUACUCUGGGCGGCGUUUUUUCAAUCAUUGCUCUCGUCUUCCAUCCGCGGCCUUUUGACUUCCUGAGCUUAGGGUCAUACGUGGCCGUGGUAGUCCUGGAUGUAGGGCUGUUGAUACUUAUACAGUGGUACAACUGGCGCGCAGACCGCCGAAAGGAGAGCAGCGCACUAGAAGAAGUGCGAUGCAGUAACUAUUCUAGUACCACGAUAGGUGGCGCACAUUGA